AUGAAGACUAUUGUGCUAUUGGCUAUUGUCUCUGUUUUGAUUCCAGUAACUGCACAGAUUUGUGUCGGCCGAGACAAUGAGUGGGCUCAAUUUGGCUCAGUAUUUCUUGAUCCAUUAUGCGAUGUCUGGUGCCAUUUGAGAAAGUGCGGUUCCGGAAAAUGCUUGGAAAACCCGAAUUCAAACAAGUCCAAUAAAUAUGAAUGCGUGUGCGAGAAAUGUUAUCGGAAUGGAGACGGCAACGUGAUAAAACCAGAUGAUGACGGAUUUGAAGGAGAAUAUCGGUAUCCUAUCCCAUAUGACGAGGAUUCUCAACAAGGAUCUUCGACUCCUCAAUAUUCAAGGGACACGUUGUACCGAAGCCAGAGCAACUACGAUAAUAACGAAUAUAAUUAG